AUGUUCAUCUGCGCAGGUGUCCACAGCACAGAGGACAUCAGAGCAGGUAUCUGCACAGCUGUCACCUCUACUGGAGCAAAUAUUCCACGCUCCAUGCUCAUCGCUCUGGAGGAUGAUUUGGUGGACUCUUGUAAAUCAGGAGAUGAUGUGACUGUCUAUGGAAUUGUGUGUCAGCGCUGGAAGCCUUUCACUGAGGGCUCUCGUUGUGACGUGGAGCUCAUCCUUAAGGCCAACCACAUCGAGGUGAACAACCAGCACACGGCCAUCUCUGUGCUGCUGGAGGAGGCCCACAGGGACAUGGAGGACUUCUGGGACACUUACAAGCUCAACCCUCUGGCUGGUAGGGACCAGAUCUUGAUGAGUUUUUGCCCACAGAUAUUUGGGAUGUAUGUGGUGAAACUGGCUGUUGCUAUGGUGAUGGCUGGAGGGGUACAGAGGAUAGACUCUACAGGAGGCAAAGUUAGAGGAGAGUGCCACAUGCUUUUGGUGGGCGACCCGGGUACAGGGAAGUCUCAGUUCCUUAAAUAUGCAGCAAAAGUCAUGCCUCGCUCUGUGCUCACAGCUGGGAUUGGGUCUACAAAUGCAGGCCUGACUGUAGCAGCUGUAAAGGAUGGGGGAGACUGGCACUUGGAGGCGGGAGCUUUGGUCUUGUCCGAUGGGGGCUUGUGCUGCAUAGAUGAAUUUAACAGUAUCAAAUAA